AUGUUUCUUCACUCAUCUUCGGGAAGUCCCUCACAUUCGGUUCACAGUUCAGUACGAAGAUCACAUCGCUCACGUCAUUUGCAUCCCACACGUGAGAGCAGUUCGGGAAGAAACCGAUCAUCUCAACGCCAUUCUCAUCGUCAUCAUCGUCAAGUCCACUCCUUCACGGAGGAAGAUUACUACAACACCGACAAUCAUUACCACUCACAACAGAAUAGCCGCAGUUCCAGUGCGCAUCAUAAUGGCGGUAGUAAUGGUUAUCAGAGAACACAUCCAUUUCAUUACAAUGAUACCUUACCUCCAUAUGCUGUACCUCAUGCACGACGAACUGGCCCUAUGUCUGAAGAUGAUGAAUACUAUACCCCUCGAGUACCAGUUUUAAGUGUACCAAGAUCCGAAUCCGGAGGAGGACAUCAUAAUAAUAAAAAGAAGAUACGAGUAAGAGUAGAAGGUAUUAGAAAUUUAUUACCUCUUUCUCGUGCAACACAACAUCCACCUUCAACGUUUGUUACCGUACAAACCUCAUAUGGUCGUGGUAAGACGCCUAUUAUUCACAAUAAUGCCAAUCCACCUUUUAAUGAUGAGUUUGUUUUUGAAGUAACAAAUCCUGAAACAGAAGAAGUAACAUUGACAGUAGUUGCUGUCACAAGUUCAGGAAGGAAAAAAUUGGGACAGUGUGUUUUUUCAAUAAUGAAUAUUAUCCGUGGUAAAGAAAGACGUCAAUGGAUAUCACUUGUACGUCAUCCUGGUUCUGAACGUGCAUAUGAUUGUGGUUCUGUAUUAGUAUCUCUUUAUACCGAUACCUUUGGAUUACGUCAUCUUCCUACAGCAACUGCAGAAAGUGAUUUUCGUGAACGUCUUCGUGUUUUACUUCGAAUGAAUGCUCCUGAAGAACUUCAUCGUUUAGAAUGGUAUGUAGGUGAAUGUAUGGAUGAUUAUGAUGGUGCUUUUUCUGCACUUUGUAAGAAAUUUCACAAACCUGGUAGUGAUCCAGCUUCUUUUGAGAUAACUGUGAAAUCUGUGGCUAAUUUGGUAGAUGGAAAUGCUUCACCUGUGGUAUAUGAAACCUGUUAUGUUGUAAUUAUAGCAGGUAGACAGAAGAAAGUUACUAAAAUGGUUCCAUAUCAUAGAUUAGCCAAUAUUAAUGAAACAUAUAAAAUGACUUUGGGAAAUCCCAAAGCUGAUAAUAUAUCUUUGGCUGUUUACUCUUCUAAACAUAAGAUUGGUGAAUGUCUUAUUUCUUUGAAUGGUUUACAAAGAGGAGUUCCAAAAGAACGUACCCAUUCUAUUGUUUAUGCAGCAGGUACAGGAGAUGCAUGUUACAGUGGUAAUAUUACUAUUGUACUUUGUUCUCCAAGUUAUGGUAGUGAUCAUCCUAUAAAUGAAAGAAGUGAAGAAAUGAAACGUAUUCGUGUACGAAAUUAUUUAUGGAGAUAUCUUCGUGAUGAUUUACAUCGUUUAGAUCCUAUAGUAGCAUCUAUUGAUGAUUUAGAUGAAUUUAUGAGAACAUGGGUACGUGAAUGUGGACCUGAACCUCAUCGAAGUAUGAUGAAACUUAGAAUUCAACGUUUUCAUCUUGAAACUAAACAAGAUCUUCCUAAAAUUUAUGGAGUUAUUACUAUAAUUGGUCCAGAAUUUCAUCGUUCAUCAUCUGUACGUUAUACGCAAGAUUUUAUUUUUAAUAAUGAUUUUGAUAUCUCCAUAUGUAGUCCUGAAAAGGAUGAAGUUCUUUUUGUUAUAGUAGAAGAGAGGGAUGGUAAAGAUAUUGAAGUUGGUCGUGUUUCAAUGUCUGUAAAAAAUAUUAAAUGUGGUGAUGUAUGUAAACGUAGUUUACAGGUAUAUAAAGAUGCAUUAACUACAAAUGCAAAAAUGAUUGGAAUACUAUCUAUUGAAGUAUUUUCUCUGGAAGUUGGAUUAAAAGAAGAAGCUGUACCUGCAAAGAAAGAACAAUAUUUUCGUCAACGUGUGGAAGCACUUUUUAAUCGUUAUGAUCCAUCACAAUUACAUCGUGUUGAUUAUCUUCUUGGUGAAAAUAUAGGUGCAGAAGAACGACUUAUUAAACAACUUACGGAUACAUAUGGUCCAGAAACUGGAACUGCACCAAUGCGAAUUCGUAUUUUAAGUAUUCGAGAUUUUUUACCAAUGUGUUCAUGCUAUGUUAAGGUUUACUUAGAUGAUACUCAAGUACUUUGUACGAAAGAUCAUCAUGCUGCCAGAUCUCUUCAAUUUGAUAUUGGUAUGAAAAAUGAGACAACGGUCUCUCUUGAAAACCCUUUACACUCUAUGCUUAAGUUUAAAGUAGCUGAGCAUAGAAAAUUUCGUUCAUCACGUGUGUUGGGAUUGGCUGAGAUGAGUCUUCGAAACAUGGUAAGAGAGGAACCAAAUAUUUGUUGGUUACCUAUUAUUGAUGUUAAUAGUCAUGAAGAAGUAGGUGUUUUAGGAGUAGAACUUCAGUCUCCUGGAUUUGCAAAAGGAACUGUUGUUAUUUAUGGUAAACCACAUAAUGGUAGUGAUGGAAGUGUUUUGGAAGAAGUAACAAGAGAUGUAACAUCUUUAGUUAGAAAAUAUGCACCUCAGGAACUUCCUCAUGUGCAACCACUUAUUGCACAAUCGACUUCUUUAAGAGAAGCUCAUAAAGAACUUAGAAAGAAGUUUGCACCUAAACCUGUACAGUUUACAUUUUAUAUACAUAUUGAUAAUAUAAAUAUGACACAAAGUGAAGAUAAAAAUGCUCUAGAUAAAGGACUUAUAUCUGUUGUUGCACAUUUUGCUGAAGAAGAAAUGCGAUCAUCAAUGAAAAUUGAAUGGGCUGAAAAAAUUGAUACUCGUAAAUUUUACCCAGAAAUACGUAUGGAUAUUGGAUUUUUAAAAGAUACAGAAGAGGUAGCAAAUGCACCUAUGCUUGAAAUUGCUCUUCAUGAAACUCCUAUGUUACAAAAUGGUCAUGCCUCUUCAAAUGCCAUUAAACGUACUGUACAUGGUAUUAUGAGUAAUUUAGUACAAGAUAAAGAAUUAGGACGUGUGGCAUUGUCUUUACGCGCUUUAUUAACAAAACGAACGUAUCAUCUUGGUGAAAGUAUUACGGUUCCUAUUAUACGCACCUCUAGUAGAGCUCUUACUUUUCCACGUACAACCUUUGGUGUAGUAAGUACAGAUUUAACUGCUAUUAUAGGUGAAGUAACAUUGCGUAUUACUAUUCCUGCAUUUGAGGUUAUUCCAAAACGACUUCAAUUUACUCGUGCCUCAAUGAAACGAUUUCAUCGUGCAUAUGUGCGAUAUUAUGAAAAACGUAUUGCCGCUUUCUAUCGCGCCUAUGAUCCAUGGUCUCUGCGUGAUUUUCACUUUACUCUCUAUGAACGUGAUGUGGCCUCUGCAAAGUGGCCUCUUUCUCUCUAUGAUUGGCUGGUGGCUUUAAUUAAACGCUACGGGCCGGAGCCAAGCACGGCGUUUGGGCCGCCGCCGAAACUCCCCUUCGACCCGGAGGAGGAGGAGGCCGAUCGACUCGAGCGGGAUGUGGGCAACAACACCGUCUUCAGCUCCACAGAGGAGGGAGGCUCAGAGGCACCAUCCACAGCACGAUCCAAGUCAAGGCGGAAACGCACAGGAAGAACAUCACCCCAACGCAUAUCGUAA